AUGCUCAAGUACGCACGCAGGCUAAAUAAAAAGCUGAUUUACAAGCUACAUGUGCAAAAUGACAAAGUUGUAGAGAUGCCCAUGUUUUUGGUGGACAAUCUGUAUUUGAGGAACACAAGGGAGUUACUUAUUCUGUUAAACAAUGCCAUAACAUUUAACAGGAAGGAAUUUUUGGAAAACUACAAGAGGGUACUACUAAAGGAUAGUGAGAGGAAUUCCAACUCAUUUGAUCGCCCGCAGGGAAGGGAAGAAAAGAAUGCACCUAAUGGUGAUAGAUUUGUUGCGCGAGGAUGCACACCACCACAUUCUAGUCACUCCCUUUUUGAGGGUGAAGGGAAUGGUGGAGGUGACCUAAAUUCCCAUCAGGGGAAUCCUUUGGAGAGCAACCACGAGACGAUGCAAGUGGGUUCAAUUUUUAAAAAUGGACACAUGUCACCAAAUAACGGUGGGAGCCGCUACAAAUACGACAAUGAAGAGUACGACGAGUUAAUCACUCACUUGUCGGAAGUGUGUGAGGACGUGCCCACUUCGCAUGCAUUUGAAGAGCACGAAUUGGAAGAUGCAGAUGGGGAAGACGCAGCAGAAGAGGAUGACCCCCCCGCGCAGGAAUAUUCACUAAUUGGAUACCUACCAAAUGAGUUAUUCUUCCAAUCCAUCAAGCAGAGAGUAGUGUCACUGAAGGAUUACCUCUCCUUUAGUGACCUCUACUCGUUUAUCCAUCUGUUCAGUCGAAUGAACGACAUAGACAUGGUAAAAAUCCUGGGGGAGCAGUACAUGCAGAAGCAAGAGAAGGAAAAGGACAAGCAGCUUAACAACAAACAUGUGGUGCAUUUACUAAAUAUAUUCCUUAAGUUGAAUUACAAAAGGAACAAUACACAUUGUAUUGUUGACAGGCUGGUGGAAAGGAUGAAUGUAAACGUUUCGACUGAUGACUUGAAAUUGGCUGCACUAGGUUUUGCAUGCUUGUCCAGAUUGAACCUAUACAACGUGGCCUUUUAUCGCUACGUGGAUACCUUCUUAAGCAAUUUGGAUAAAUGUUCCCACUUGUGCUGUUCGAUGGUACUUCACUGCUUGGGGUAUUAUAGGCACUAUUGGGUUACGAAGAGGAGGGAGCUUUUGGAGCAGGCUAGACUUGUUAGGAAGUCACAGGGUGGUCAAUUCGGAGGGACACACUCCCCAGGGGGGGAUGCCUCUGGUCCAGCUGAGCGUAUAAUCACAAAACGUUGGGCAAAUGUUAACCGCCUGUCCUUACAGCUGAAGAGGGAAAAGGCGCACCUGAUUGAAGAGCUGGAGAAGGGGAUGAUCGACCAGUUGGUGAAUAUGGAGUUGGAGUCCAUUUCGGAGAAGUCCAUCAGUAGCAUAUUUCAUUUUUUCUUUCUGUCAAAAAGGGGCCUCCUAACUGUAAACGUGGCUGGCAGUGGCAACCAUACCGAGAAGCACAACGAAAGAGACCACCUCCUGUUGGGGAAGCUGGUCCACAUUUUAAUUACGAAGAAAGUAAAUUUCGACCAGCCGAGGAGGUUGCUCAUGUGCUGCUACCCAUUGAUUAUUCACAGGUAUUUCACCAACAUACAAAUAUCGUCCUACUUCCUGGUGCAGUGCGCUAAACUGAUCAAGCGUCUUAAGGAGAAGAAGCACCUGGACAAUUUGCUCUUCGUAUUGACAGGCUUCACACAAAAUCAGAUGAUAUUUUACCAAAACAAAAGUAACAACAAAACGGCACCGAAAAUAUAUUUGGAUAAGAAAAAAAACAAACUGCACAAUUUUAAAAUUGAAAAUAAGUACAUCGACAUGUUGGAGAAGUGUGAAUAUGAAGUGAACGUGUUGGAGAAGGGACCCACAGAAGAACCCGUCAGUUGCAGGUCAGCCAUUCUAUACAUCUUUAGCGAAUUAACCAACAUAAGCUACGAAUUAAAUAAGGAACAGAUUGUUCUGUACUUACAACUCUUCUCCAGCUUUGACGUCAAGUUAAGUACCGACAUUAAGAAGAAGUUAUUUCGUUUAGUUAUGGAUUCCACAAAUCAGUUAAGCAGUUUAGUCCAUGUGGUACUUCAGCUAGCCAUUAAGAUUUAUGGCAUUUCCAGUACCUACAUGAAGACAAUCGCUUUGCAGUUUUUUGAAAAAAUGGAUCACGAGUUGGGAAAAUUACACAAAUUAAAAACAAACAAUGAGGAGUUUAUUAGCUGCAUAAUUUCUGGUCAUGAUACUGUUAGGCCGAUGGAGAAGUACUCCUAUCUGUGCGAUUUAGAAAAACUGUCUGAUAUCCUUUUCGUGUUCGACCAAAUAGAUAUUCAUAAUAAGGACUUCAUCAUGAACAUUUCACAUUUGCUUUGUGCGAAUAAUUUCUUCCUUCUAACGCAUCGAAGGAGUAACUUCAGCUCGUUUGUCCAUCUGCUGCAUUAUGUGGGCAGCUUACCAGUGGACGUAGAUUCGGUUAAAAAAUUGACCACCUUUCUUUUCACAUGUGUGGCGGAAUAUUUGGAUUCAUCCUACGGGAAGUAUGUAGAACGCAAACAGGGGGGACACAAAAUGGAAGAACGUAAAUUGAAGGGGUCUUCUGAACAGGUCAAUACGUCCCUCCGUGAUGAUUGCCAUACAAGUAGUUCCCCCCAAACGGAGGAGGAACCCUCUUUCUGCGAAGUGGACCAUGCUUUCAUAAAAGGCAGAAUCUACCUCAAAGAUUUGAUCUUUUUGCUGGAUGCGAUUCGUAUUUGCAAGGCUUACGAUUUUGUUUCGCUGCUCAGGAGUGUGAGCAACAUGAUAAAUUCGGAGGGGAUACAAGCCCUCUCCGAUGAGGACGUCGAACUGGUCAAUUACAUUUUCAUCGACAUGGGUCUGAUGAACAAGUGCUUGCUGGACGAGGCCAGGCGCCGUGGAUUGACCAUCGGAAUGAACUCGUGA